CUCUGGCAGGCAGCGGCUGGGAUGAGGCGCGGGGGCGGCUGUGGGGGCAGAUAGCGUCCCGCGGGGAAGCGGCCGAGUGGGGCUCGGAGCAGAGGCGGGGGCCGCCCGGCAGCGCCAUGGCGGCGCAGUGCGACCCGCUGAGCGGCUACCUGCCGCAGCCGCUCUCCGACCCGGGCUCCAACAGCGAGCGGAGCGCCGACUCCCCGCUGCCCGGCUCCGAGGAGGACUCGGCUGGCCCACGGCCCCUGCGCAGCCCCGAGUGGGGCGAGGAGCGAUUCCGGGUGGACAGGAAGAAACUGGAGGCCAUGCUGCAAGCUGCUGCUGAGGGCAAAGGCAAAAGUGGGGAAGAUUUUUUUCAGAAGAUUAUGGAAGAAACGAACACACAGAUUGCUUGGCCAUCCAAGCUGAAGAUUGGGGCAAAGUCCAAAAAAGAUCCCCAUAUUAAAGUCUCUGGAAAAAAAGAAAAUGUUAAAGAAGCUAAGGAGAAGAUCAUGUCUGUCUUGGACACAAAAAGUAAUCGAGUCACCCUGAAGAUGGACGUUUCACAUACAGAACAUUCUCAUGUGAUUGGCAAAGGUGGCAAUAACAUUAAAAAAGUGAUGGAAGAAACAGGAUGUCACAUCCAUUUUCCAGACUCAAAUAGGAAUAACCAAGCAGAAAAGAGCAACCAAGUGUCUAUUGCAGGACAGCCAGCUGGAGUGGAGUCUGCCAGAGUUAGAAUACGGGAGCUGCUUCCUUUGGUACUUAUGUUUGAAUUACCCAUAGCUGGAAUUCUCCAACCCAUCCCAGAUCCUAAUUCUCCUACGAUUCAGCAUAUAUCACAGACUUAUAACAUUUCAGUUUCCUUUAAACAACGUUCUCGAAUGUACGGUGCUACUGUCAUUGUUAGAGGGUCACAGAAUAAUACUUGUGCUGUGAAGGAAGGAACAGCCAUGCUUCUGGAACACCUGGCUGGUAGUCUGGCCUCUGCAAUCCCUGUGAGCACGCAGCUAGAUAUUGCAGCACAGCAUCAUCUCUUUAUGAUGGGUCGAAAUGGCAGUAACAUCAAACAUAUCAUGCAGAGAACUGGUGCUCAGAUCCACUUCCCUGACCCCAGUAACCCACAAAAGAAAUCCACUGUCUACCUCCAGGGCACUAUUGAGUCAGUCUGUCUUGCCAGACAAUAUCUCAUGGGUUGCCUUCCUCUUGUGCUGAUGUUUGAUAUGAAGGAAGAAAUUGAAAUAGAACCACAGAUUAUAACUCAACUAAUGGAACAAUUAGAUGUCUUCAUCAGCAUUAAACCAAAGCCAAAACAACCAAGCAAGUCUGUGAUUGUAAAAAGCGUCGAACGAAAUGCCUUAAAUAUGUAUGAGGCAAGGAAACGUCUCCUGGGACUUGAAAGUAAUGGAGUCACCAUAGCAGCAAAUCCAUCUACAAUCUCAUGCCCCGUUGGCCUCUCGUGUCCUGGUUUGGACAUCUUGCCCUCAGCAGGGUUAGGACUCACUGGACUUGGUCUCUUAGGUCCUACUGCCUUAUCUGUCAACACCUCUACUGCUCCAAACUCGCUCUUGAAUGCCCUUAAUAGUUCUGUUAGUCCUCUACAGAGCCCCAGUUCAGGCACGCCCAGCCCUACGUUAUGGGCAACAUCUCUUGCCAACACAAGUGCCACAGGUUUUUCUGCUAUACCACAUCUGAUGAUACCAUCUACUGCCCAAGCCGCUUUAACUAGUAUUCUGCUAUCUGGAGUGCCUAAUUAUAGUCAGAACACUCCAUCUCCCCCUCCUGGCUUGACUCCCGUUGACAUUCAUGUCAAUGGCAUGAAAUCCGAGAACAAAAAAGGUUCAACUUCUUUAAACGGUCAUGUAAAGACAUCAAAUAUCAAGUAUGCUGCACUAUCUGCCUCAUCACUAGGAGAAAAUGUGUUGAGCACAAACCACAGUGAUUCAUCAAGGCAGACAAAUAGUCAUAGCACCUCAGAACAAGUGACCACCAAGUCAAAUACAGCAGAAGGCUGCAAUGAUGCUUUUGUAGAAGUGGGCAUGCCAAGAAGUCCAUCACAUUCAGCAAAUGCCAGUGAUCUGAAGCAAAUGAUGAGUUCUUCCAAACAGUCCUGUACUAAGAGGCAAACAGUAGAAUUACUGCAAGGAACCAAAAACUCUCACUUACACACCACAGAGAGAUUGCUUUCUGAUACUGAGCUGAGUGCUUCUGAAAAUCACGUUGCUGAUAAGAAAGCUCCUGGUAGUGAACGAGCAGCAGAGAGGGCAGCAGCUGCCCAACAGAAUUCUGAAAGAGUGCGCCUUGCUCCACAGUCGUCAUAUGUAAAUAUGCAGGCAUUUGACUAUGAACAGAAGAAGCUAUUAGCAACCAAAGCUAUGUUAAAGAAGCCUGUUGUAACAGAAGUGAGAACUCCAACGAAUACAUGGAGUGGCCUAGGAUUCUCCAAAUCUAUGCCUGCAGAAACGAUCAAGGAACUAAGAAGAGCUAAUCAUGUAUCGUACAAGCCGUCUAUGACAACUACGUAUGAAGGUUCAUCGUUGUCUCUCUCACGGUCCAGCAGUCGGGAACAUUUGGGAAGUGGUAGUGAAUCGGAUAACUGGAGAGAUCGGAAUGGUAUCGGUCCCUCAGCUCACAGUGAAUUUGUCUCGUCAAUUGGCAGCCCCAAGCGGAAACAAAACAAAUCAACUGAACAUUAUCUCAGCAGCAGUAAUUACAUGGAUUGCAUUUCCUCGCUGACAGGAAGCAAUGGCUGUAACCUGAACAGUUUGUUUAAGGGGUCUGAUCUGCCUGAGCUGUUCAGUAAACUUGGUUUGGGCAAAUACACUGAUGUAUUCCAACAACAAGAGAUUGACCUUCAGACCUUCCUUACUCUCACAGAUCAAGAUUUGAAAGAGCUAGGAAUUACUACUUUUGGUGCCAGACGGAAAAUGCUGCUUGCAAUCUCAGAUGUCUUGUUAUGGAUUGAUGAAGGGUUCUCAUAUAAUGAAGGAAAUCAUAAAGUGCCUCUUUUUCUGCAAUGAAAUAUGAAGUUUCCAAACAUUAAUUUGUUGAAAAGCAUUCCCCUAGGAAAUAUUGUGACUUACUUGUACUGUAAUGUAUUAUUUAUGUUCAGUGUACAAGCCUUUUAAGAUGGACAUAAACCACUGUCAAGUGCUCUUAACAGAAGACAUUAGAAUAACCAUUUACAGUAGUUGGUUUUUAUGCAAAAAUGGGGUGAGAAAUAGUUUUGACACUUUCUGUGUAUACAUCUUCUAAGGUGAGAAAAAAAUCAGUUUAUGAGAAAUUUGCACAUAAAGGGAAUUUUUAAGAGGUAAUUGCUUUGAGGACUUAGAUGAUGAAGCAGUAAUAAAAUGACCUGUUGCAAUUAGCAAAAAUUAACUGCUCAGUAUGGGGUUCAGCCAUAUCCACUUAAUGGUGUAUAGUGAAAUAACUUUCACUGCAAAUAAAAUAACAGCUAACUCUUUCAGUGUUUAAUGUUGCAGGACAAUGCAGUUUGCAAGCACAGAGCUGUAAGCAACAAAGUUGUGCCCAAAGUCUGUGAACAUAUCGGAUACUUGUGUAUAAUUCAGGCACGCUCAACUUUAUCAAACAACUAUGAGAGCUUAAAACGCUGAUCCUGGAAAUAAUUACUCUUCUGCUUAUUUUUAUACUUGUGAUUAGUCCCAUUGACAUGAGACUACUUACUUGUUCAAAGUUGAGCACUUGUGGGCUUGCAAGACCUAGGUUUGAAAAUCAAGUCUUAUAUGAACUUGUGUGUUUAGUUUUACAUAAUAUUUUAAAAUUAGAUUAAAUCUUUAGCAAAUCCACUUAGACAUUUGCCUACUUAGUUUGUGUAAUUUUUUUUAAGUUUCAACAUUUUACUUCAGCAAAAACUCCACAUGUCACUUUCUUUCAUUUUUUUCAUAAAUACAUAACAUGCAGUUUGAUAGUAUUAUAUCUGGAAGCUGAAAUUCUUACAAUAUUAAGUUGAUGUGGUCUUUUGCUGAGCAGUGCUUAUAUCAUCUAUUACCAAAGUGAAGAAUUUCCCAGUAAUAACAUUAUUUUCAGAAGGGCUGCACACAAAAAAAACACACACUGGAAAACAUUUUUCUCACUUCUUUUAAUUCCAUGAAGGGAAUAUGACAAUGCAAUAUACAGUGUUGUCAGUGUUGUAUUAUGCACAAAAUAUUUGACUUGCUAGAUUAAAAUGUUAGUUUUAAAUCUGUGCCUUAAUAGUGACCAGUUAUCUGUAAAUAUAGAGCAGAUACAGAUUGUAUUUUUUGUGGGUUGUCCUUUUAGUGAUUUUUUUAAAUGAAAGGUGGAAUUAAAAGUAUUAAAAAUGGGAAUUUUUUCAAAACUAAUCAAUUGUUACAUGGAAAAAAAUAAAUGUAUGUAACCCCUUGGUAUUCUGUUUGGUAAGUUAAAUGGUUUUUAUUUAGACCCGGGUCCAGCUGAAUUUUAGAUCUAGUCGCCAGGAUUGUUCAUUUGUUUCUGCAUUAUGGCCCUUGUAGUAUCCCUGACAAUGGAGAAGAGACAGGACUCGGGUAGUAAGCAGAAGGUAUUCUUUAUUUGGGAUGCUAGACACAACCAUUGUAGCUCUCUCUAGCUUGCAGAAUGAGGAAUAUAGCCUUGUUCUGCAGUGUGUUAGUACACCGGUGCAGUUAAGCCCUCGCUCAGAUUUGACAAGCAUGGAACACAUUACUGACUAUGCUGCAGUCCUGACUAGGGUUGCUCUUGUCUUUUGAAUUGUUUAAUUAUAUUAAGAGAAAUUAGCCAUGAGGCACAUACUAACAGCAUUAUUAUUAUUAUUAUAUGUAAUUUAGAUCUGUUUUAAUAACCUAUGUCUCAAUCCCAACGACACCCUCUGCAGAAUGCACAGGUCCCCAGUGCCCAGACAUGAUGCAGCCCUGCUAUGGGUUGCUAAUAGUACAGAAUCUUCUGCACACCCUACACAUAAGAGUUAAUUUAACCUUCCAUUCCUCAUCUAAUUUCUUUGAAUCCUUGACCCCUGGAUAAGGUUUUACUACAGUAAAGUCAACACCUUUCAGAUAUUAUAUUAAUACCCCUUAGUGGUACUUUCUAAAAUAGGUGUAAGAGGUCACAUAUAUUUGUGUGUAGAGAUACAUAAAUUGUGUGUAUAUGUGCAUAUAUAUGUUUAAUGUUCUCAAUGAGUAAAACUUUUGAAAAGGUGCCUACAUAAUAGAACUUGGGAUUCCUUUGGGGAGGUGCUUCCAGUGCUCUCGGCUCAAGAAAUAACCUAGGACAUGGGUCAUAAUAUAUUAAAUAUGUAAAAGCUUCCUUCAGUGAUGAACAUUUUUAUCAUCAGUUUCUACAAUGUAAAUACAAAACAGUUAUCAUGAAAAAUCUGUAUGAAUUCCUUAUUGGAUCUAUUUCAAAACUAGCUCAUGCACAAGAUGCUGUGAACAUCUAUAAAUAUGUUCCUUCAGCUUUCUGACUUUCUCCAUCAUUAAGCUGGGGGAAUUUGGACAAAAGUUGGACAGCCCUUGGAAAAUUUUCAAAAGGAGUUCUCUUGGAAUGCUUUGAACUCCAAAAAUGUGGAAUGAAUUUAUUCCAUACUGUUCAUAUAGUUAGAUCCAUACCCCAGAGUCAAUGGUAUAAAUUCAGUGAUGAACAUUUUUGUCUUUAUCAAAAACAAAAGUGGUGGUUAAAGCCGUUUAACUUCAAAAUUCAGUUCAGACUUAAUCAUGCUGCUGCUAUUGGGAUCUCCUCAACACAGAUAAAGCUCAUUUGGUUUUUUAAUGUUUUUUAAAUUGUCUCUUUAGAGAGAACCAGCCUUCUGUUGAACAAACUAUUGCAUUAGAAACACCAGUCAGUAUGAUGUAUUUUAAAGAAAAAGAAACUUACCAUUGCAGAAAUUAUGCAAGUCAUGUCUUGUCAAUGAGGUGGCAAAAUUUGCAGAUGAUCCAAAACUACUCAAGAUUGUUAAGUCCAAAGUAAAUUGUGAAG